AUGACGAUCGUACCAACGCUCCUUGAUUUGCUGGAGCUCAUGCUACAGACCACAGUGACACCGAAAGCUCCAUGUACAAAGUCUAUGACGAAGGCAGUGCUACCAACUGGACGUGACAAAGUUAUUCAGACUCUUCGACCGAAUGCAAAGCAAUACCAGCUCGGCGAGCAGGACCAAGUUCAAAUUGACUCGAGAUCGACAGCUACAUGCAUGUCACGCGCUGCUCGACUGGGUCCCGCAGUCCAUCAGCAUAUCCAACGAUCUAAACUCCGCCCUUAA